AUGGCAACCUCCUUUCUCGAUUCCUCAGCCGUCUUGGAAUCGAGUACUUUCAUGAGUUCUGAGAUGCGCGACAGUGAUCACAUGGAACAAGAAUCCGAGGCGUUAGUCCCGCCACCAAUGUCGUGGUUUGAAGGGGCUGGGGAGGCAGAGGAUUUCUCAAAUGUCCAAGAGAAGGAAAAAUAUGCAUUGGACAAUAGUAAUUCUACCGCAAUUGCUGUUCCAAUACCGAGUCGCUAUGCUUGUCAAUCAUGUCAGUCCCACCAACAUCAAAGAGCAGAAGUUUCCAUCGAAAUGGAAUCCGAAAGCGAAUCCGAUGAAGAUGGAAUAAUAUAUACAAGAGACAAGAAGCAACAACAACAAUAUGUGCAAUCGCCGCUUCAUUCUGCAACAACAACAACAACAACAACUCCUUAUCCAGUCACGACGGCCGCCACCACGCAAGUCAUAGUUACCCACCCAUCCCCCAGUUGGAAAGAAUUGUCAUCCGAAGUCUUGCCCGCGGCCGCCAAGGAACUCUUGAGCUCGAGUUUUCGCAGAGUUUACCAUACGGCCCGACUUUCGGUAGCAAGAGGUCGAUGGCAUCGAAAGUAUAGCGAUAUAGGGAACAAGGUGGCAGGGUUCAACUUUGAGGCCCAGAACUUGGAGCUCCCAACCUCGUUAACCCCCCAAUUGCCAUAUGUUUCCAGUCUGUCGUGGAUUGAUCGGCAAUUGGUCAAGGAAUGGAGGACCUACAUGUCAUCGGAAGACGACGAAGAAAAAGACAAUAAUGACCACGAUGAUGAUGAUGAAUCAAAUCAAAGCGACAAUGAUGAAAAUGAUGAAGACUUUGAUUUUGAAAGUGCUAGAAAAUUGGUACCGAAGCAAAUGGAUCGCCCCAGUUGGAAAAAGGCAGAUGCUUGCUUUACCUGUCACAAACCCUUUGGACCAACUCGAUUACGGCAUCAUUGCAGGGUCUGUGGAAAUAGCUAUUGCCAGAGCCACUCAUCCUCGGCUCAUAGUUUGCCACAAUUGGGAUACGAUCCUGAUGUUCCAGAACGAGUGUGUGAUAUUUGCAAGCGGAAUCUAUUGGAACAAGCCUUGGCGGAACGAGUGGCCUGGCGACUGGCACGAUGCCGGGACUUGUCGGCUAAAAACUUGACGCCCUAUUUCGAGGUUGGGUUGGAUUCUGUGGAAGAAGUAGCAAUGCGAAUUACCAGAGCUGCCAUUGCCAUGGCCAAAUCGAUACCCCUGGGCGCUCAAGCGACUGUAGCAGUGGAAACUGUAGAUGUCUUACGUAAAUAUGGUCUCCAUGGUAUUUAUGGAAUCAUGUUGCGACAGGAAUUCUUGGCGGCAGCCGAUUUGCUUAGAAAGGCACUUGGUAUUAAUGAAACGGCAUGGCCACUCAGUGUCCACGAAUUGAGUGCAGCCAUUUUUUAUGCCUUGGCCCAACAUCGGGCCAUGAGAGGCUUAUACCCUGAUAAAGAAGAAGAGAUUCACCGGUUGCGGUCUCCGAAUGGUGGUGACACGAAUCGAGACAAAUCAAGCGUUAGUGUUGAGUCCUCUGGACACCAAUCAGAAGACAGCGAAUGGCUCGUGGAUCCAGUGAAUGUUUAUGAUCCCCAACAAGAUCCCAUGUACCCAAUGACGGAUACUCUCGUUUCGACAGAUGGUAACUCUUCGCAGCCAAACCUCAGAGACAGUGCCACCACGGAAGCGUCCAUUGUUGACCCCGUUUGCGACCCACCAAACCUCAGAGACAGUGCCACCACGGAAGCGUCCAUUGUUGACCCCGUUUGCGACCCAGUCGACGAUAAACUUCUAGCGCAUCUAGUGCGUUAUGCUCCAAUUGCCUUGAAUUUUAUUUAUGCUACCAAGGAAGUGGACAUGCAGCUCCUUGCUGCCCAACAGGGUUGGCGGUUGUUAUACGCCUACUUGGAUCAAUCCAUGGACGCUGAUCAAUUGACGGAUCGACCAGCAUCCGCCAUUUUUGUUAAUGAAGAACUCAAGAUUGCUUGUUUGGCGGUCCGAGGAACGGCUACUAUCAAUGAUGUGGUGACAGAUAUUCGCCAGAUUCCAGUCCCUUUUCCAGAUGUUGAUCCUGAGAAUAGUAGUGACAGUGAGGUAAUCGUCGAAGAGGAGGAAUGGACUGACGUUUUUCGUGGGCAAGGACUUGCACUCUGUGGAAUGGCAUCAGCGGCUCUCAAUCUGUUUCGAGAACAUAUUGAUUCGUUGAUCUUGUUGGCCAAGGAUGGGUAUCGUUUGCGUCUUACUGGACACAGUUUGGGAGGUGGGGUUGCAACGAUGAUAGGUGCAUUGAUCCUUCGCCAUUUACAGAAGUACACUGACCUGGAUACACGAGCAGUUUCAGCGGCAACUCCCGAUAGCGUGGCAGAAGAAAACGACCUGUUGCGAGUUUAUGCUUAUGGAACCCCGUCGUGCAUGGAUGAAAAACUCGCCGAGUCAGUCGAUACCUUUACAACUACAGUGGUUCUUCAUGAUGACGUCUUUCCUCGGUUGACGGCCACGAGUUGCCGAGCCUUGUUGAAACACCUUUUGCAUAUUCGGGAGACGUGGGUCAAGACGCACAUUGAAGAAGAUCUUCGAGCAGUAGGAGAGCGCGCCAAACAGGUCUGGGCGCCUCGAUUCCGGCAGUCCUUUGCGCUCAAGGCGAACCCAGUGUCCAUUAAGCGGUACUGCAAGCGACAGUUGGACAAUGGACGAAAGAAAUUGCUACAGGUCACGGAAAAGUUCCCCUGCGGAGAUGACGAAAAGGCUGUCAACGAUGUUGAAGAGACCUUUGUGCAAGACGAAGAUUUGUUCCGUGACCAUCACGCAGGCAAAGCAAGCCCUUCGCCAAUCCGAAACAGCGCAGUUGAAGAGAAGAAGAACUCGUUUGACAUGGAGAAACCAGGUCCACAACUUGUAUUGGAGUUCCUAGGUGGCGCUGACACGACAGUUGAAGGCAUUGUGAUCGACGGAGAAGAGUUCUUUGAUGCUGGUGGCAAUUUGUUGGAAAAGGAAAAUGAUGGAAUAGACGACGCAUCCACUAUUGGAGGUUAUCAUGAUCCAGUGGAGUCCAUUAUGGACGAAGCAAGCGCAUUGACCGGUGGCGAAAGCUGGUCGUUUGAUACAAGCCCAAAGAAGAAAAAUUCCUUGUUAGAACAUCCGGAAGAGGUCGAUCAAGCUACAGAAAAUGAUCCCUCCGCUGUCUUCCUGGAAGAAACAAAGCUGCACAGAAUGUUCAUCCCAGGAAAAGUAGUGCACAUUUACUCCCAUCGGGGUGUAUACAAAAUUGCACAAGUGCCCAGGGCUUUCCGAGAACUAAGAAGAAUCAGUCUGGCUGGGAAUAUGUUAUCCAAUCACGGCACAAAAUCCUACUAUGAAGCCUUAUUGGAGGUGCAAACAGCUAGAGUAGCUGCUGAGCGACCACCUAGAUGGACAGCCUUUGACGAAGACAAUACAUGUUCAUGCUGUGCCAGUCGCUUUACAUGGGCCAGUACCUCCAAUAGCGAGGCGCAACAAGCGAGAGAUAAGCACAACUGUAGAUCUUGUGGAGGCCUCGUCUGCGACCCUUGCGCUAAGAGCCGAGUGCCUGUUCCUUCUGUUGGUCUCACAAUACCGGUUCGCGUUUGCGAUCGAUGCUACAACGACAUGAGUGGCGCUUCUACAGCGAAGACUCUAGAAUCACCUAUUUCCGUGUCAUCCGAGAAUGCUUCGCCAUCCAAAUCCUUUGAGAAAGUGGAGUAUCCUGAAGCUGAUCAUCGGCCUGAACGGCUACGUACGAAACGUAGCGCAGUGGUUGACGAUUUGGCAUCCCGCAUUCGAUCAUCUGCACUAGCAAAUUAUUCAUAA